ACAGCUCCCAGCAUGCCCCAACAGCCAAAUGACUCUCCAGCGGAGGGGGAACUACAACUCCCAGCAUGCCCUGAGAGCCGAAUGACUCUCCAGCAGAGGGGGAACUACAGCUCCCAGCAUGCCCCGACAGUCAAAUGACUCUCCAGUGGUGGGGACACUACAGCUCCCAGCAGUAUCGGACUGGGGUGCCCAGGGCCCACCGUACGGAUACACACAGGAGCAAGAUGCUACCAGAUGACUGAAUGUGAGAAGUAACCAGGGAAGAGGCGUGGCUAGAGAAGCAGGAAGUGCUGCAUUAGCAGGAAGCUGUGGAGUCCUGGAGGAAGAACAUAUGGAGCGGAGAAGAAUCAACGACGGGGGAAGCUCCGACUCCGACUGGGAAGAGACGGAUGAGGUGGCAGCGCCCCCCGGAGCCCAGGAGGAGAGCCGCUCUCACUGGAGGAACCGGUCCGCCUUCUGGUUGCUGGGCCUGUGUAAUAACUUUGCCUACGUGGUGAUGCUGAGCGCGGCACAUGACAUCCUGAAGACGGAGACCAAUCAGACGGCAACUGUGAGUGCCCCUUUAAGAGACUGAGUAACCUCGCAAUCUGCUACCAGCUGGUCACAAGCCGGGGCCACGGGGUGCGAGGAGGGGAUAUGGGGGGCCCCUGGGCACAGUGCGAUCACCUUCUUAUUUCCAGGCUCUGUCACUUUAAGAGCACAUUGGGUAAUAGGAGGAAGUGAAUG